GCUCGCGCGGCUCCCACAAUGCACCGCACAAUGGCCGGACCGCCGCCACUACCGGGGCCUGAGCGGGCCUGGCGGAGCCCGAGCGCGGCCCGGCCCGCAGCGCGGGGCUCCGAGCGCGGUGAAGAGAUUGUUUUCUGAAGGCUGCAGUGUUGAAGGCUGUGACAGAGCGGAGAGCCUGUGUGGAGCUGAUGGGGAGGCUUUCUGAAUAACAUGGCCCUAAGCCAUUAGCCUUGCCAUGACCACAUUUUUCACCAGCGUCCCUCCCUGGAUUCAAGAUGCAAAGCAGGAGGAGGAAGUGGGCUGGAAACUAGUUCCCAGGCCUCGGGGCCGGGAGGCAGAGAGUCAAGUGAAGUGCCAAUGUGAAAUCUCGGGGACACCCUUCUCAAAUGGGGAGAAGCUGAGGCCUCACAGCCUCCCCCAUCCAGAGCAGAGACCAUAUAGCUGUCCACAGCUGCACUGUGGCAAGGCUUUUGCUUCCAAAUACAAGCUGUAUAGGCACAUGGCCACCCACUCGGCCCAGAAACCCCACCAGUGCAUGUACUGUGAUAAGAUGUUUCAUCGUAAGGACCACCUGCGGAACCACUUGCAGACCCACGACCCCAAUAAAGAGGCCCUUCACUGUUCUGAGUGUGGUAAGAAUUAUAAUACGAAGCUGGGCUACCGUCGCCACCUGGCCAUGCAUGCUGCCAGCAGUGGUGACCUCAGCUGCAAGGUGUGCCUGCAGACCUUUGAGAGUACCCAGGCACUGCUAGAGCACCUGAAGGCCCACUCACGUCGGGUAGCAGGUGGUGCCAAGGAGAAGAAGCACCCCUGUGACCACUGUGACCGGCGGUUUUAUACUCGUAAGGAUGUCCGGCGGCACCUAGUGGUGCACACAGGCCGUAAGGACUUCCUGUGCCAGUACUGUGCCCAGAGGUUUGGCCGUAAGGAUCACCUGACCCGUCAUGUUAAGAAGAGCCACUCACAGGAGCUGCUCAAGAUCAAGACAGAGCCAGUGGACAUGUUAGGCCUACUCAGCUGCAGCUCCACAGUCAGUGUGAAGGAAGAACUGAGCCCUGUGCUGUGCAUGGCCUCUCGGGACGUAAUGGGGGCCAAGGCCUUCCCUGGCAUGUUGCCCAUGGGCAUGUAUGGUGCCCACAUCCCUACCAUGCCCAGCGCAGGCGUACCACACUCCCUGGUGCACAACACGCUGCCCAUGGGUAUGAGCUACCCUCUGGAAUCCUCACCUAUCUCUUCCCCUGCUCAGCUCCCUCCAAAAUACCAGCUUGGAUCUACCUCAUACUUGCCCGACAAAUUGCCCAAAGUGGAGGUGGAUAGUUUUCUGGCGGAGCUUCCUGGAAGCCUCUCUCUCUCAUCCGCCGAACCCCAGCCCGCCUCACCUCAGCCGGCGGCAGCUGCGGCCCUCCUAGAUGAAGCACUGCUCACCAAGAGCCCCGCCAACCUCUCUGAGGCCCUCUGCGCUGCUAAUGUGGACUUCUCUCACCUACUGGGCUUUCUUCCACUCAACCUGCCCCCAUGUAACCCGCCUGGGACCGCAGGAGGCCUAGUCAUGGGCUACUCCCAGGCUGAGGCACAGCCCCUGCUCACCACUUUGCAAGCUCAGCCUCAAGAUUCCCCAGGAACUGGGGGACCACUGAACUUUGGGCCUCUGCACUCCUUGCCUCCUGUCUUCACCUCUGGCCUGAGUACCACCACCCUGCCUCGAUUCCACCAAGCAUUCCAAUAGCCCCCAAGGAGGCCCUUGGCUCAGUCUCUGGCUCUGUCAGGGAGCCUCAGUACCCACCUCGUCUGCAAAGGCAGCUGAGCUUUCAGAGCUGGGUUCAAAAAAGCAAAAAUUCCAGUGUCUGUAUGGAGCACUUGGUUUGGGGGUUCAGGUUCCAGGAUCAUUUCCAGGAGGAGCUUUGAGCCCCAGCACCGUGAAAAGAUCUCCUACCAUAGGACUUUCAGGUAUUUUUACUUUAUUUUUAUUUUUUUAAUCUGAAUUGGGAGCCACACUUAGCCCUCUCCCUCUCCAAAGCAUCAGAACCACCUCCUCUUUGAAGAGGAAGGCUUCUUGGAGACACAGAGGGCUUCACCUUGGAUGACCUCAAGAGAAAUAGCUCAAGAGGCCUGUUUCUGGUCCCAGCCUGCAAACCCCACAGCAGUUAGUUGGUCAGGCCCUGCUGUGGAAGGUCACUUGGCUCCAUCACCUGCUUCCAGCCAGCGGGCAGAAGGCCUCUGUUUUUCCCAUCACCCCCAUCCCCACUGUACCACCAGCUCUGUUUUCAGUCAGUGUUGUCCAGCAACGGUACCGUUUACACACUUGCCUCAGACACACCAUUUCACCUCCCUUACCACGCUGUUAGCCUUAGAAUGAUUGCAGUGAACACUGUUUACACACCAUAAAUCCAUUCCCACCAGUCCAUUUCAGUUGGCACCAGCCUGAACCACUUGGUACCUGGUGUUAACUGGAGCCCUGUUUACAAGGCGGAGUCGGGUCUUGCUGACUUCUCUUCACUUGAGGUCACAUUUUUCCCCCGUGGGGAAAUAAACUGACUUUGGACUGCUUCAGUCUCUGCCAUCUUCCAUGACUGCGUCUGUUCCUGCCUUCCUCGGCAGUGUCCACAGGAGACAGGCAAGAAGAUUGGAGCAGCUUUCUCACAGGUCUACAAUUCUGUUUUUCUCCAAAUAUAUCAUGACCCCCUCAUCCUCCUUUUGAACUGGAGAGGGGAAGAAAUGAAAGGCAUGCCCACAUCCAUCACCUCCCCAUCCCCUAACCGCCACCUGCAACAUCAUGAGCUGUUGUUUUGUUUUUUUGAAUUUUUUUUUUUUUUGUCUUGGAAGGAGGGACUCUGGGUUCCAGGUUGGUGUGAAUUGCAAAGGAAAAGGAAUGAGCCCUUUAUUUGUUUCCCUCCUGCCUGUCCCUUUUCCAGGAAGUUGUGGAAUUGUUGGAAGAAGAGUUUUCAGAAUGUUAGGACUGGGCAGAUAGUUGAGUCCUAUGUAAUCAUUGUUGCCUCUCAUACCAAAAUUUUUCUUAUCCACAGUUUCCCUUCUGUCUCUUCCACUUCGCAGUCCCCAUGGACUCAUGGCCACUGUGCAUAAGCUUCUCUGCUCUCCAUCAAGAACUUCCCAUGGUUCAGUACCCCUCAGUUUUGCCCCUAGUAUCCAACAAGGCUUCUUGAGAGAAGUGAUUUAGUUCUUCUGAUUUGUGGGGCUCCCUGCAACAGACAGCACAACCCGUUCCCAGAACCCCACCAGACCCCAAACCCUGCUUCAUCUCAGUUCUACAUGGGCUCUCCCCAUGCGUGGAAGGGAGGCAGCUCAGGGGCCACCAUUGUGGGGUCCUCCUUAGACCUUCCUUUCUGACUCAGAAACACACUUCUACCUCUCUACUGUUAACUCCUAUAGAUGCAGCCAGCUGUUUCUGGGCACUUCUGUCAAUGGGUGCCUCAUGCUGGCUUCUCCACUAGGGUUUCAGGACAAACUACCUAGGAACUGCCUCACCCUCCUACUCGGCCUCCUGUCCCCCUUCUGUCUAGAUUCACUUCAGGAAUUGAGUCAUCAGGAACUGUCCAGGUCCAGUACCCAGGCUUCUGCUUCAGCCCAGGCCAGUACUCCUUGUUUUAGGUGAAAGCCUUAAAAUUUUAGCUCCCUGACCCUUGACUGAAAGCAAUGUGGAGUGAAUAAUAAGCGUGUUUUGAUUUAGGCAGGGUAGCUUGGGAUACCUUUUAAAAAACAAAUAUAUAUAUGAUCAACAAGUUUAGCAUCAGACUAGAUGAUUUGCUUCUAAAAAUUUGUUUCCGUGAGUCCCAGGACUAAUUAAAAUAUAUUUUUAAAACCA